GGUCAACGACCGAACCUUCUUGCGUUCCCUGUAUCAUACUCAUUACUCUUACUAUUCAUUUCCACACUCCCUUUGAGGGGAAGUCGGCAACUGCGUUGCGCCUCUUCAUGCGCCAGCCGUCAUCCGCUGUAUAACCAAUCUGUCAUGAAGAAACACAAGAGCAAGACUUUCCUUGCUGUAGCGACGGCUCUUCUUCAUAGUAUCAUGCUCACACACGCUGAAGCCUUACAAGUCUCCGCAAGCUCUUCUCACCGUUCUUGCCCUGAUUCUUCGACAUGUCACUCACCCAGAGCUAUGGAAAACACACCUUUGGCUGGCAAAAGGGCCGCUCCUUCGGUGGUCCCCCCCUUCGCUAAUCCGAGCGCCGUGGCUUCUUUGCAAGACAGUGAGCAAGACAAGGAAAGAACAGUUCCUUCUGCAACCGGGCUCCAACUCUGCCAGUGGCCACCAAAUCCAAAUACCGUUUAUCUUAUGCUCUCCAAGUCUUUGCGCAUAGACGCUCAGUGCCUGUCUUCCAGGAGCCGCACUAACGCCACGCAAAUUGGAGAGGGAACCUUUGUCAUGGUAGAUAAUUGUAACAUUGAAGAUCCCGAUCAGAGAAUCACGUUUACGGAUUUGGGCAACCUCGUCUAUCAUAUCAAUUUCCCCGGGAAAGGGCAUUGUAUUGGUCACGUCAAUCGGGUAGUUGGAGAAUGGGAACCUGCCCAGCAUUUGGCUAAUUGCACUGCGAAUUCACCCAACUCCAAGUGGAAAGUGAGCACACUUGAGAAUAUUGGCUUCUCUGCCCAGUUGCUCAAUGUCGAAAGCAAACCGGAUCGGUGCCUUAAAGUACAAUAUCCUAACGAAGACCGAGGUGCUCGUCCGAUGGAUGCUGUCGGCUUCGCUAGUUGCCGUCCCAUCAGCGUGAGCACAAGCCAGUUUUGGGCAUUACUUUCGACAAAUUGCGGUACGCCAAAAGCAUCUCCGUUUCCGAGCGUCCCGUCUCAGGGUCCAAAUGGGAGCGCGCAAAUACCAGUGUCGUCAAGCGGUCAACCUAAAACUCCCACCGCAACUGUAACAAGCGCUCAGAUGCCACAAGGAACAGAAGUUAUUCUGGCAAAGGCUGAAACCACAACAGCGCCCACGGCACGAUCCACCCUAGUGGCUCAACCUGGAGUUGGUCGCAUGCUUGUUGGAUCUACGCAAAACUUCCUCAUAAACGACCCCAUCAGCAUCCAAAACAGCAAAACUAAUCCGAUAUCCCUCACGUUAGCGUUGACCUUUCUGGCUGGACCAAUUGUUCUGGUCGGCGUGAUGUUUGGAAUUGUCGGAGGAUCCAAAAGGCUUGCUGAACGGUGGGUAAGAAGCAAGUAUGAAGGGAAGUAUUGAUCGAUAUAUCUGUUACAUUUUAUUGUAUAGUUUUUUUUUUUUUCUUUGUGAAUAGCGUUUGGCUUUUUGUGUAAAUAGACCUUUUAACCCAAUCAUUGAUCAGUCCCCC